GACCGCUUUUCUUCUCUUUCUAUAACUUUAUAUCGAUCAUUUCUUUGAUGCGGUUCAGUUUUCGAAACUCUUACGACCGGUUCGUUGCCAAUCUAAAUGUUCACGAGUUAUCAGGUAGCCUUGGCGACUUAGGCACUCUUCUACCGCUAAUGAUAUCACUCGCUGUCAGUGGCCAGAUAAAUCUGACCAGCACAUUGUGGUUUGGGGGCAUAUGGAAUAUAGUUAGCGGCCUAAUUUACCAAGUUCCCAUAUGUGUUCAACCAAUGAAAGCACUUGGAGCCGUCGCGCUAUCCAGUAAUAUGUCAAUUCAGCAAACUAUGGCUGCAGGAUUGGGCGUAGGAGGUAUUAUUUUCUUCCUUGGGGCAACCAAGACGAUACAUAUGAUAGGUAUCAUAACGCCGAAAUCGGUUAUAAAAGGUAUUCAGCUUGGCACAGGUGUUACGCUGAUGAUCAAGGCACAUGAUCUAGUAAAAACGUUACAAUGGACCAUCACUGGAGCAAACUGGGCCGACAACUUCACCUGGGUCCUUCUUGCCUACAUCUUUGUGAUUGGUUGCUACAACCGCCGGGUACCAUCCGCACUGAUCUUAUUUCUCAUAGGUUUAACCUUUGCAUUGGUUCGUAUGUUCACCAACCCCAAUGGACCAAUCAAUACACCUCGCCCUGGCGGACAUUAUCCCGAUACUAUCAUUGUUCCCAGUCCUGAUGAUUUCAAAACAGGAUUCCUGAAUGCUGGUCUUGGCCAAAUCCCGCUUACCGCUUUGAACUCAGUCAUUGCUCUCUCUGUUUUGAUCGAUGACCUGUUUCCUGAGAAACAUGCUACUACGACCAGCAUUGCUAUGAGUGUCGGUCUCAUGAACCUCAUAGGAUGCUGGUUCGGUAGUAUGCCCUUUUGUCAUGGUUCUGGCGGCCUGGCAGGACAAUACCGAUUUGGUGCAAGAUCCGAGGUGUCUAUCAUCAUUUUAGGACUGUGCAAACUGCUACUUGGCAUUGUAUUCGGCGGAUCUCUGGUUGGUCUCUUGAAAUUAUUCCCAAACUCACUUCUAUCGGUCAUGUUGUUUGUUUCUGGCCUUGAGCUUGCUACGGCCGCACGGUCUGUCAACGACAAAGUCGAGGAUGAUCGUAUAAAAUACGAGAAUUUUCUGGUUAUGCUUAUCACAAUGGGGUCUUUAGUUGCCUUUUCCAAUGAUGGUAUUGGGUUUCUUACGGGUAUGGUAGGAUCUGUCCUGUUGGCAAUCCAACGACUCGGACCAAAAGAUUGGUAUGAACAAUUUAAAGAAGGCGUCAGGUCUCUCAGAUUGCAAAAACAGAAUACAGACGACCAUAUCUUGGUUACUAGUAGUAAUGACCUGAGUGAAGAGACGAGCUCUAAUUAUUCAUGAGUAGAUAUUCCUAGAGGCGCAAAGUAGACAAGCUGACUCUCAAUUUUUCUCAUAAAUACGAUUUAACUUUCAUACGCGUCUCUUUAACC